CCAGAUGAGCUCUGAGACCAAGCCCAGCUCUAGAACCCAGACAAGUUCUGAGACCAAGCCCAGCAUUGAGACCAAGCCCUGUUCUAGAACUCAGGCCACCUCUGAGGCCAAGCCCAGCUCUAGAACUCAGGCCAGCCCUGAGACCAAGCCCAGCUCUAGAACCCAGAUAAGCUCUGGGACCAAACCCAGCACUGAGACCAAGCCCUGUUCUAGAACUCAGGCCACCUCUGAGGCCAAGCCCAGCUCUAGAACCCAGAUGAUAUCUGAGACCAAGCCCUGCUCUGAAGCCCAGGCCAGUUCUGAGAUGAAGCUCAUCUCUAGAAUCCAACUGAGCCCUGACAACAAGCCAAGCUCUGGAACCCAGACAAAUUUUAAGACCCAGACCAGCUUGGAGACCAAUCCCAGUUCCAGAAUCCAGGCUAGUUCGGAGACCAAGCCCUGCUGGAAAACUCGAGCUGACUCUGGAACUCUGGACAGCUCCACAAUACAGCCACACCUGGACACUCGGUCUAGCUCCAGAACCCCAGUUAAUUUUGGAACCCAUGUGAGAUUCAUGAAGCAACCCAGCUCUGCAACCCCAGCCAGCUCAGGAUUCAGAGACAGCUCCCAAACCAAAUCCUAUUCAAGAACUCAGACCAGCCCAGAAACCCAGGUCCACACAACUGCCCAGUCCAGAUCCCAAGCCCAGUUGCAUCCAAGUACCCAUCCCCAUCCUGCAGCCCAGUCCAGCGCCAGUGAUGAUUCCAGCUCUGAGACUGAGCCCAGCUCUAGAACCACACCUAGUGCUACAACCAGGCCCAACUCCAGGAUUCAGACCAGCUCUGGAUCCCCAUCCAUCUUGGAAGCAAGGCCCAGCUCCAGCACACAGCUUGGUGCCAAGCCCCACUCUCCCUGCAGAAUGCAGGUCAGCUCUAGAAUGCAGACCAAUUUCAAGGCCUGGCCAAGCUCCAGAGCUCAAUCCAGCCCAGGCACUGCACUCAACUCUAGAACUCAGCUCAGUUCUGGAGCACAGGCUGGUUCUGAAAUCCCAGCCAGCUCCAAAACACAGACAGUGGCUGAGACCCAGCCAAGUUCCAGAAUCCAACUAAGCUCUGGAGUCCUACCUAGUCCUGGGACCCAGGCGAUUGCAGCAACAGAGUUAAGUUCCACAGCCCUGUCUAGUUCUGACAGCAGGCCCAGCUCCAGGACCCAGCACUGCCCAGGAGCUCGACCAGCCUCUGGGACUCAAUUCGCCUCUAAAACCCUGCCAGGUUCUAGAUACCAGCUCCAAACCACAGCCCCAGACAGCUCUGGUAUUCAACUAGACUUUGGGAAGCAGAUCAACUCUGGAAGUCAGCCUAGCUUUGGAACUCAGCCCAGCUCUGGGACCCAGAUAAGCUCAAGAAUUCAAGCCAGCUCUGGAAGUCAGCUUAGUUCUGGAACGCAGCUGAUUACUGGAGCCCAUCCCAGCUCCAGAACUCAGCCUGGUUCUGGAAACCAGCUCAGCUCUGGGACCCAGGCCCAUGCAAAAAUUCAGCUCAGCCUUGGAGCGCAUCUUAGCUCCAGAACCCAGUCUAGUCCUGAGACCGGGCUCAGCUCUGAGGCUCAGCCCAGCUCUGGAACCCAGAUCAGCUCUGGGAUUCAGUUCAGCUCUGAAACCCAGGUCAGCUCAAGAAUUCAGCCCGACUCCUUAAAGUCCAGAACCCAGUCCAGCUCCGAGACUGGGCUCAGCUCUGAAACCCAGACUGGCUCAAGAAUUCAGCCCAGUCCUGGAGCCCACCUUAGUUCUGGAACCCAGGCUGUUUCUGGAACCCAGUCCAGUUCCAGAACUCACAUCAGUUCAAGAAUCUGGCUGAGCCCUAGAAAUGGGCUCUCCCCACAGACCCCUGGCCUUGACCCUAGAAUCCAGCUUGAGGCCCCUGCCGCAACCCAACCUCAGCCCCCAGGCCCACCCCGCAGAGACCCCACCCCAGCCCCUAGCAAAGACCCCUAGCCUCUGCCUCAGCCUCAAGAGCAGGUGCGUGGCACCCAGGCCAGCCUUGGCCCCAUCCCAGGCUUAUCCCCAGCCUCCUACCUGGCCCCUCAGCCACAGGUCUCCUCAACCCCCCAGAAGCCAGCCGUCUCUCCCAAGCCCCAGGUGGGACCCCAGAAAUCCACCCCACGCACCAUAUCUGUCACUCUUAGUCCUGCCCCCAGAGGCCUCCUGAGUUCCCAGCUGUCUGAGUCCCCAGCUCUGGCGCCUGCCCCUUCCCCAACUCUGGAGGAGCCAGGGCCCCACGCUUACCGUGGGGGGUCGUAGCUUGGCUGUGACCUAGCCCUGACUCAUGUGGUUCUCACCCUCUCCUGUCCCUCCCAGCCUGGGCCCCCCAGAAGCAGCAAGUGACCUUAUUUCCCCAGCAGGCGGUGGGGGGGGUGGUGUGUGGUGGUGAAAACAGGGGCUUCGGUUUCACCCGCCCUGGCUCAGAUCCAGGUUCUUGGAGG